CGAUGGCAAUGCAGCGGUCGAUCUUAGCUUCCAGUUGUCGAGCAACAGCGGAGCAGCGACGACACAUACUCGCAUCAUCAAUCCCUACCCAGAUGGGGAUUACGCGGAGCAAACGAUGGUUGGUCCGUGCCGGGCGUGAGAAGGCUGCCUACCUCAAUCGCUUCGCGAGGGCGGAGGGAAUCGAAAUGUGUCCUCGAGGCAUGGCAGAGGAGGAGUCGACGAGGAUCAACGUCCGGAAUGGACGCGCUUAUCACUUGCGAUGCGAAACGGAUCCGGGACUCUGCAUGGAUGGCAAUGACAGGAGGACGCGUCCGCGGCAGUUGCGCACGUGGAACGAGACGGUAGGCAGCUGCAACGAUGCGGCUGUUCAAGAGCCCCUCGACUUCGACGACGUUGACGGUGACGACGAUUGCAACUCGGACGAUUUACCUGAGAUUAGGCCGCUUGGGAGGAAGGUGAGGAACGACGGUGCGAGUGCAAAGAAGGGUUCCACUCCGAGAAAUCGGCGGAACAAGAAAAUGAACGACGACACAGGCGGGAGCGAUGGCGAGGGCGCUCGGAAUUUUUGGUCCGUCAAAGACACGAUCGCACUCGUGAGGGCGAAAAGGGAUCAAGAUCUGUAUUUUGCAGGCAUGGAGCACAAUUUUGGCCGCAUGAAGACCAGGGAAUGGAAGUGGGAGGACGUGCGGUCCAGGUUGCAGAAGAUGGACGUCACGAGGAAGGUCGUCAACUGCGGGAAGAAAUGGGACAACUUGAUGCAGCAAUUCAAGAAGGUUCACAAGUUUCAGCACCUCUCCGGUGGGAAGGACUACUUCAAGCUUGCUUCAUCGGCUAGGAGAUCGGAGGGCGUCAACUUCAUCAUGGACCGGAGCGUGUACAAGGAGAUGGAGGCCAUGACGAAGGGGGAUCACACCAUCCACCCGAAGAAUUUGGCGGACACGGGGGUGCCGGGGGCGGUUCAGAUGCCGGCAGGUGCGGGGGCUGGAGGGGAAUCCAUGGGCUGUGAGGGUGGAGGGGAGCCCGUCGACGAGGAGCAGGGGUCGACGAAAGAUUCGACAUUCAGCGCGGGGAGCGCUGGCGGUUCUGGGAAAAGGAAGAACAUGUGGCAACAAACCUUUGAGGCUGUCACCGAGGUCAUGGACAAGCAUGGUGCGCUCAUGGCGAGCACGAUGGACAGCGCGAGCAAGCGCCAAUGCUCUAUGAUGUUACGACAAUGCGACAUGGAAGUGUAGAGGAAACAUUAUGCUGCGGCGGAUGAGGCGAACAGAAUGAUGUGCAACGCCCUUAUGGAGAUAGCGAAAGCCAUCCGCGA